AUGUUUCGAUUAGACUUAGGAUCUCCUAAACUCUCUUUUAUAUCUUAUUUUUAUGCAAGCUUAAUAUUUUCUUUUAUCAUAAUUAUUUUUAGCCAGAGUCUUUGAAGAUGGCAGGGAAGAAUAGAACUAUUUUUUUUGAAUAUUUAUGAGAAAAUUCCUGAAUGAAUAAUCCCUUUUCUUUGGAAUAUAUUCUAUACACCAAUAAUCUUUACUUUAUUAGGGGUAUUCCAAUGUGACCAAAGCAUAGGUAAUGAAAUUACAGACAGUUUUAUGGAAGAAGAUUGCACUAUAUUUUGUUGGAAAGACUCACAUAUUAAAUUAGUAGUUCUAUCAAUUAUUACAUUAGUUCUAUACCUGCCUGUUGCAAUGCAUUUAAAGCCAUUUUGGGAUUAUGCAGUUUCAAGCUCAAAUGUGCAGGUUAGGCUGACAUUUUUACUUGAAAAGCGUGGAUUCCAGGCUAUUAUAGUGGUACUCAACAAUACAAUACUGGCCCACCAGCCAUCACUGUAUGGAAUAAUAUAUAUUUUGCUCAUAAUGUCCUUUAUCAUUUUAGCAUUUUUAAAGAAAAACCGUAUAAUUAUAGCAGAUGCAAUCUUUGACUAUGCAUUUCAUAUAUAG